CAAACAAUUUCUAUCGUCCAUAUACAAGAAUUUUAUUCGCAAACGCUUCGAAAUGCCAGAAAAGGCGACCGCAUCAAAACCGAGUGCAGGCUUGCAUUGCCUGACAAAGUUAAAGCAAGAUUUAAUUUCAUCUCACUCUGAUGAGAGGAAUGCUAUGAAAUGUGUCAAACGUAGAUUGCAGUAUUCCCAAUUGCCAGUAAGAUGUCAAAAAAGGCCCUUUUAUCGACCGGGAAAGAGUCCUUACAAGCUGACAGGACCCUCGAUUCCGACGAUUAAUUUACUAAAAAACAUUUCUGGGAAAAGUUCGUCAGAAAAUUUGAAAUGUUCACCAGGUUCAGGAAUGCCAGUCACUCCUCGGUGUCAAAAGAGCCUUUCGAUGAUUGACUUAUCCCCAGCAAUAAAUGAUCCAGAAUUUGUCGACAUAAGAUCAGAUAGUACUUCGAAUUCGUCCCGGCGAGAGGAAAUGGAAGAGCGAAAAGUGGAUGCCCUGGGCGACGGAGUAUUAUCAGGGGUUGGAAGUGAAUCAGGAAUGUGGUUGAGUAAAUUACAAGGGGGAAAAUUUAGUUGUAAAGCUGAAGAAGAAAACAAGGCCGCUGGUUUAGUGUGUCAUGUUUUGGUUGUAAAUGCCUGGAGAAAAAGGCGGGAAGAAGUUUCCCAACUUCAGGAAACAAUCCAACAAUUAAAUCAGCAGGUGGACCAUCUCCACAUUCAAAUUGUCGUCCUUCGUAGAUUACUCGAAACCGAAAAUGGUCGUGUUGGAAGAUUAACGGCUGAAAUAAAUCACGUGAAAGUGCAGUUAAAUGAAGUUUCACAAGAGAGGGACACACUGAAAGGGGAAAAAGAAAAGUUGGAAAGCGAAGUACAAUCUUUGAAGGAGACUUCGGAGGAGAAAACAGUGAAUGCAGAAAACCUAAGAAAUCAAUUGCUCACCGCCCAAAACCAAUUGCAGAUUUUAGAUGGUCAAAUUUCCCGAGACCGGGAAAAAUUAUUGAAAUUAAGAGAGGAUAAGAAAGUUUUAUUAGAAAAGGUAACAGCGAGUGAAGCUUUGGCAACAGAGCGUGAACUGAGGGCUGAAAAGGCGGAGUCAGAGAAUGAAGAGAUGAAACUUAAAUUGGUUACUCAGGCAGGUUUAGGAGCGAGUGCAGAAGAAAAGGCGCAGAUGUUUUCAAUAGAAUUGAAGACGAAAGUGGAAGAAGCAAAAAAAUUAGAAGAACAAUUGACAAUCAGCAAGGAUGCAGAAAGAACACUUAGUUUAUGUGCAACAAAUCUUGAAAGUCAACUUUCAGAUCGUGAAGCUGCUUUAAGACGAGUGGAAAGUGCGUACAAUUCUCAGAUAUCUGAACUAAACGAAUUGAGGGAACGUCUUAUUCGCCAGUCUCAAGAAGGAGGAUGGAGCAGUCGAGUUUUACAAAUUGCCGGAAGUGUCGUUCGAGCACCUCGUGCAAUUUUACGCACAUUGUCUUUCCUCUCCCACUCUGGAACUCAAAUGGCUUAGCAUUUUUGAAAUUUCUAAAGCUUCGGUGAGCAAGGAAUGAGACAACGAAACGGUCUAAUCACAUCACUUCAAACAGCAGAGAAUUCUCUGCGAAGUUGAACUAUUCUGAUUUUCCCUUUCAACAGAGUACAGCGGCAAAUGAAAAAAAAAAGGGAAAAAGCCACGACCGUAAGAACGUCAGGGAAAAAGAGCAAAAUAAAAAGAGAAAGUCAUUGGCAAUGGGAGCAAAAUUAGCAAGCACAAAGCGCAAAUUAUUUUUAUACUAUAUUUGCAUAAUUCGUGACAAAGUUAAUCGGCGAAUCGCGAAUUUUUUUUAAAUCCUCGCUUUUAUUUUAUUUAUUAUUGUAUCUAAUCGGAGGAAUUUAAAUCUGGAUGUUGGAAUUUUGUAAAAUAAA